UACUCAAAACUAACCUUCGCGCUCGAAGAAACCCUAGAUUUCCCCCUUGAAUCCAUUGAAGGUCUAAUUUCCCGAUACGAACCCAACUUUUUCUUCAGAACUUGUCGGGUUGGAUGGAUAGCAAAAACCCUAAUUAAAUUUCGCCGGAGAGUAAUAGGAAAAUUACAAUGGACGCGAAGGACAUCCUUGGUCUACCCAAAACUCCUUUGUCAAUAACCCAGGAGAAGAAAUCACGUCCUCAGAAAGACUCCCAGAGAAAACCCGAUGGUAUUUCACGCGAGGUUUAUGCCCUCACUGGAGGGGUGGCUCCGCUUAUGCCUUCAAUUGACGUCUCUCAACUGAAACGACGCCCACCAUCCGACGAGAAGAUCACAUGGCAGUGGCUUCCUUUCACGAGCUCUGCCCGAAAAGAUAACUUGGAACUUUACCACUGGGUGAGAGUCGUAAAUGGUGUUCCACCGACAGGGGAUUAUUCCUUUGCUAAGUAUAACAAGUCUGUUGAUGUUAUCAGAUACACAGAUGAGGAGUAUGAAAAACAUUUAACUGAUCCUAAAUGGACUAAGGAAGAGACAGAUCAAUUGUUUGAUCUGUGCGAACAGUUUGAUCUCCGCUUCAUCAUUAUAGCUGAUAGGCUCCCGACAACCCGGACUGUUGAGGAACUGAAGGAUCGUUAUUAUAGUGUGUCUCUAGCCAUUCUGGUUGCUAGGGCUCCAUCACUUGGCGAAGUUCCAGGGCAUCCUCUUGUUAAGGAACCCUACAAUGUUACUCAAGAGAUUGAACGCAAGCGUGCUUUAUCGAUGGUCCUCUCUCAAACAAAGCACCAAGAGCGGAAAGAUACUGAGGUUCUUGCUGAAGCAAAAAGAAUAGCCGAGUCACGUCUGGCUGCACAGGCUGCCGAAGAACCUGAUAUUCCUGCCACUUUAGAUAUUGGUCCUGAAAGUGCUGAGAGGGCUGUUGGUUCUGGAGAUACUAUAUCUCCCUCCAAUGUUCAAGUUCAUGCUGCAGCUGCUGCACCAUCUACCUCAGUAAUUGCUGAUAAUUCCUCAACUCUUGCUUCCUUGCGUAUGCUUAGAGUAUACUUGAGAACUUAUGCACUGGAGCAAAUGGUCCAAGCUGCCAGCUCAUCUGCUGGACUUCGGACUAUCAAGCGAGUUGAGCAAACCUUACAAGAUCUUGGGGUUAACUUAAAGCCAAAGGUUCCAACAAAGGCUGUUUGUGCUGAACAUCUUGAAUUAAGAAAAGAAAUUCUAACGCUGCUAAAUCUCCAGAAACAGUUGCAAUACAAGGAGGCAGAGGGUUCAUCUUUCCGUGAUGGUUCCUAUGGUGAUAUGCCAGGUUCUUCGAAGCGAUCACAACGUGCUGUAGAUCAGGAUCGUACAUUUGUCCCCGACUCUAUUAGUUUUGGAGUAAUUCCAGGUGAUAGAGGUGUAAAAAGAGAGCAAAAACGAAAGGGACCUGGGAGAGCAUCUGAGACCCCAUCUUCACCAGCAGGAGCUCAUAAAAGGCCAAGAAAGAUGAAGGCUUCUGAUCUAUAAUAUAGGGCAAGCGACCAAAUUGUUUGUUGCCUCGUACAGGCAAAUGAUGAUGAUAUUGCUUUGUUCGAAUCGGCGAAAUUCUCACCAGCCUGGUUAUGAUUCCUGGCAAAGAUUUCAGGGUCAUUGGCAGCCCCUUUGUUAAAUCUAACUAAGGUCGUUAGAAGCAGUUGCAGAAGCUCCAUCUUUUAUCUCCACCCACCCCUCUUUUGACUAGGCUUCGUUAGUUGGAACAAAGUCGAUAUAUUUGUGAACGAUAUGCAUAAAGCCUCCGAAUCCAGAAAACUCAUUUGCUUAGUCACUGUUAGUAUUACCGCUCGUGGAUAUU